UACGUAUUGCACACAUCAGACGCUAGUCUACUCAUUAAACAGUGCGCUAAGGCCAACGAGCACAUGUUACUAACACUUCGUCGCGUACGUUUCUGCACGAUUCGCACACCCGCGUUAAAAUAUUUUAUAAUAACAGGAACAUUUAUUCACAUUAGUUUUCAUUAAAAGAAAAUCAAAUGUUUUAAAUAUCUUAUUUAUUUUAAAUUUUAAAUAAAAUUUGGUUGUGAUGAAACAGUGAAUUUUAUUAGACACAUGAAGAAGCUUAUGUAUUUUUUUAUAACAAAAUAAAAGAUAAUUAAAAAUGUCUCAUUCGGAGAUAAGCAACUUACCUUACAUGAACCAUAUGAUGAACAAUCGGCAACAGUUAAAACCUUAUCCCACUUCAGUAACCGAGCUUUCGGCGAUUUUAAUCCAUGCCCAACGUGACACGCUCAAUGAACGCGCAGUCAACUUGGACACACCUCCUCGAGAAGCAGAGGGGUGCGUAGGGGUGUGCGAAAACCCCGGAGUCGCCCUUAAAAAAGCUCACACCUGCGGCAGCCUAUUCGCCAAAUGCAAUUGUAACAAUAAUGUCCAGUGUACACCUCCCCUUUCUAUACCUAAAAGCAGCUCAAUCUCAACUCCUUUCGCUGCUAAUAAAGAUACUGAUUCUCGUGUUGUACCCAAACGCCUAUCGAAUCCCGAAACAUCAGAAGAAACGAAGAAACCCAACCGGAAAUGUCAUAAACCUUACAAAGCCGAAUCUUUACAACACCCGGAUAUUCCUUACCCCAUCGAACGGGAAAAAGUAAGAAGUAUCAGUUUCUCACAACAAGAUAAACCCGACAUUUCAAAGAAAUCCAUCCAAGCCAAUUUGAAUUACCACAAAUACACCGCUUUAGCUUACGGAAGUCCGGAUAGCUCGGAUCAGGCUCGUAAGUUUUUAGAAGAUUUUGGAAUUUUCGGUCCGAUGGGGAACGGGAUCGCGCCGUUGAGGAAAAACUCGAAAGUUUCUUCGACCGAACUUGACCAAGAUGUAAAACGAGGUUCGAAGGUGAUGUGUUUAGAAAACCAACAACGAAAGAAAUCUCCGGAGAGCGCCGCCAACGGUCAACAUUGUUGCGAGAACUUUAGGAACGCAGUUUCUCGCUUGGAGAGGGAGCUUUCCGAUACCAGAAUCGAGUUGCAACAAGUACGAAGCACUAUGCAGGCCAAAGAAUCUGAAGUAUUAAAAUUACAAAGGGAAAAUCAUAAAUUAAAGAGCGUACUCCAACAAACAACCAAAGGUAUUUAUAAAGAUGGAGAUCUUCUCACCAGUCUUCAAGAGCAACAUGCGAUGGCAAAUAGAGUACCACAAAUUCAUCAGUCUUUGCCAAAUUGUGCUAUAUUAAAGAAACAGGGUGUUUCCGCAGAAUCGAGUGAAACCCACAAUCAACCUUGCGAUAUUUCCAUCGUUAAACAUGAUAAAGAUUUUAGAUCUAAGCAAUUAAUUAAAAAUGCCAUCCUUGAAAACGAUUUUUUGAAACACCUAAAUUCAUCGCAAGUUCGUGAAUUAGUUGAUUCUAUGUAUUCGAGAGAAUUUCAAGCUGGGACGUAUGUGAUUAGAGAAGGUGAAGCUGGAGCGCAUCUUUUCGUUUCAGCUUCGGGUGACUUUGAAGUUGUUAAGGAUAAAAAAGUUUUGGGUAGAAUGGGACCGGGAAAAGCAUUUGGAGAGUUAGCUAUUUUAUAUAAUUGUACAAGAACGGCAUCGAUUAGAGCUUUGGUUGAUUCAAAAGUGUGGAUGUUAGAUAGAAAAGUCUUCCAACAAAUUAUGGUGCGAACGGGAAUGCAAAGACUUCAGGAUAAUGUCAAUUUCCUUCGUUCAGUUCCUUUGUUACAAAAUUUAAGUAACGAAGUUUUAGCAAAAAUCGCGGACGUUCUCGAAGUGGAAAUGUAUCCAGCUGGUACUUACAUAAUACGACAAGGUGCUACUGGAGAUACAUUUUUCAUUAUCAGCAGUGGAAAAGUUAAAAUAACACAGAGAAUUCCAGGAGUCGUUGAAGAACAAGAAAUUCGAACUUUGGAUAGAGGUGAUUACUUCGGCGAACAGGCUCUUUUAAAAGAAGAUUUUAGAACAGCUUCUGUAAUCGCUCUUCACCCAGGAGUUGAAUGUCUUACUCUCGAUAGAGACUCCUUUAUUCAGCUUAUUGGGGAUUUAAGUGAAAUUAAAGAAAAAGAUUACGGGGAUGAGCAGCGGGUUUUAAACAGACCUCUGUGUCAUGGAUUUAAAAAUGAAUUCGAAUAUGAAUACAUCAAAUUGGACGAUUUAGAUGUAAUGGCUACAUUGGGAAUCGGUGGAUUUGGUAGAGUUGAAUUAGUUCAAUAUUGUCGCGAUCCCUCAUUAACAUUCGCGUUAAAGUGUUUAAAAAAACAACACAUCGUCGAUACGCAACAACAAGAACAUAUUUUUAGUGAAAAACAAAUUAUGUUAAGUUGUAGAAGUCCAUUUAUAUGCAGGUUAUAUCGCACAUAUCGUGACAGCAAAUGCGUUUAUAUGCUACUUGAGGCAUGUUUGGGUGGAGAAGUAUGGACGAUUCUUCGAGAUAGAGGAUGUUUUGAUGAUCACACAACCAGAUUUAUCACAGCUUGUGUCGUGGAGGCUUUCGAAUAUCUUCACGUCCGCGGAAUAAUUUACAGAGACUUAAAACCUGAGAAUCUCUUGUUGGACGCAAAGGGUUACGUAAAAAUCGUCGAUUUUGGGUUUUCAAAAUGCAUGGGUUAUAGUAGCAAGACUUGGACGUUUUGUGGUACACCUGAAUACGUUGCACCAGAAACUAUUUUAAAUAAGGGACAUGAUAGGGCUGUGGAUUAUUGGGCUUUAGGAAUUUUAAUGCACGAGUUAUUAUCCGGAAAUCCACCGUUUACUGCUUCGGAUCCUAUGAAAACUUAUAAUUUAAUCCUUAAAGGGAUUGAUAUGAUCGAUUUUGGAAUUCAUAAUAUUUCCCGAUCCGCACAAAGUUUAAUUAAGAAAUUGUGUAGGGAUGCUCCAUCGGAAAGGCUGGGUUACCAACGUGGAGGAAUACAAGAUAUUAAGAAACACAAAUGGUUCCAAUGUUUUGAUUGGGCAGGACUAAGUAGUCAAACCCUUGCUGCACCGAUAAUCCAACCAGUAAGGGGACCUUGCGAUACAACAAACUUUGAUUGUUUCAUUAAAGACAAUGACAUACCACCCGAUGAAUUAUCAGGAUGGGAUGUUGAUUUUUGACCUAUCGCUUCCACCUCAUUUUUUUACACAUUGACGAAUUUCAGUGUGCACCUGUAAAAUUAAACGACAGGGCACAUUUCUCAAGUAUUAUAAUUUAUGUUGCCUAAAUUCGUAUAAAAAAUUAUAAAAAUAUUCAUAAUAGCUCAGACUAUGAUGGUGAUAUACGUAUAUAUUUAAUAUUUUAUCGAAUACGGUAAUGUUUUUUUUUUUGUUUAAUGUUGAUCGAUUGAAAAUGUUUAAAAUAACGUUAUUAUACAGCAGUGUUGUUCAUAUAUUACAAAUCAUGUUUUUGUUUUAAGAUACCAAAGAGAUUUAAAUAAAGUGUAUUUGUAGUAAGAAUGUUGUUAAAUGUAUAUAUUUUAUAAUUAAUAGAACUGUUAAGAGAA